AUGCUAAAUUUAGUGGCAUUACAUGGAACAGCUAAAGGUAAUGAGAAAUGUACUUGUAUUGUAACUGAUGAAGCAAAAGCUAUGACGAGCAGUGGCAGGAUUACAGGACUUUUUAGACGAAAUGGUGUUGAAAGCGCACUAAUUCAGUGUAUCGUACACCAAGAAGUCAUAUGUGGAAAAUUUUUACGCCCAACGAAUACCCCGGAAGUUAUUGUUAGAAUAACAGAUCUAAUAAGAGGGGAAAACAAAACUUUGACGCAUAGAAAAAUUCGUGAAUUUUUAAGUGAAAUUAAUGCAAACUAA